UCAUCCGACCAUCACCACAAUCAUCAGCAAAAGAAAAACUAAUAACUAAUUCAAAAGAAAGCCUACACCUCCAAUUCCGAAUCAAGAAAAAUCAGGAAAAUCUCCUCGAUGCAUCCACUGCAUCUCUCUCUCCCUCAUUUCAAGGGUAGCUCCCCCAACGCCCCGCCUCCAUUUCUCCCCUCUCCGAACCCCGAGUCUCGCAGCCAGCAGAGUCGCGCUCGAGAGAAAAUCUCUCUCUCUCUCUCUCUCUCUCUCUCUCUCUCUCUUGGAGGGAGAGUUUCCAACGGCCGAGCAGACCAUCAGAGAGAGACUGCAUCCCCCCGUGCGUGGAUGCAACGCAGCGUCCAGUUCUGAUCGGCAUCUCUCGCGACUCAGUGCUACCCCGUAUAAACGCACCGACCGACGGCACACAGUGUUUUUCCUCGAACCAUGAAAAGUUCGCCACAGAGAACGAAGUGAAUCCAAGUGCAGCCGAAAUGAUCGAUCAGCUGAACUAACUCUUGAUAAAGCGUAAAAAACCAAACGAAAAAAAAGCUCCCGACACUCAAAACUCAGGCUGCCGACGGGUGCAAUGGUCGAGAGCAGUAGCGGCGGUUACGGCAACAACGCCGGCGACUCGUCCUCGCGUUCGCCCAUGACCGACUCGUCGCCGCCGCCUCUUCCAUCAACUUACGGUCAGCUACUCUACUCGCGAUCGCCCGAAGCCGUCCUCGGCAUAUCCCACCACCAUCACCACCAGCCGUCGCAUCAACGAGGAGGAAACGUCAGGACUACCACGUCGUCGUCGUCGACGUCAGCCGCGUCGCUCUUCACCAUCGACAGUAUUCUGGCGCCGAGACCGGCGAACAUGGGAAACGUUCCGGCGGCCGCGGCUGCCGCUGCCGCUGCCGCGAGUUUGCAAGCCGCUAUGCAAGGAGGCAGCGAGGGAAGCAACGCGAGAAACGUCGCUGCUGCCGCUGCCGCCGCUGCCGGGGUUCACCCGCUGCAGCAGCAACUGCAUCAUCUGGCUUUCACGUCCGCGGAUUUUCUCGCCGCAGCAUACCCAGGCCUGUACCCUGGCGGUUACGUAGCGGCGAUGGCAGCGGCUGGUGUCUCCCUUCACGGCCAGCCGGCUUUCUACCACGGAGCACACCCGUACCAGCUCAGUCCGAGCGGUGGUCCCGGCGUCGGUCCUAUGGCCAAACGCAAACGUCGACACAGGACCAUCUUCACCGAGGAGCAACUCGAGCAACUCGAGGCCACCUUCGACAAGACUCACUACCCCGACGUUCUUCUCAGGGAACAGCUGGCGCUACAGGUCGAUCUCAAGGAGGAGAGAAUAGAGGUCUGGUUCAAGAACCGCCGAGCCAAGUGGCGCAAGCAGAAGCGCGAGGAGCAGGAGCGACUUCGGAAGCUUCAAAUCGAGCAACGCAGCCGAGGUGGUAGCGGAGCCAACGAGGCGGUCAGCGUCAGCCCGUUGCGCGUCUCCGCGGCACACUUGGCCGCGAGUCGACAGCAGCAGCAACAGCAACACUGCACCGACCACGACACCGACAGCUCGGACCUCGAGGUCGCGUAGUUGAGGACGAGCGACGAUCGAUCUUCAGGUUUUUCUCAUUGACGUACGUGAUGAUGAUUUCGCUUUUGGGAAGAGUCUGC